CUUGGAAUUCAAGGUAUUGAGCUGAAGUCCCUCUUCGGUCCUCCCUUCAGCAACGCCAUUUGCUGUCACUUGCAAGCAAAAGCGUAAUAGUUUCAUGGUCCAGGCUUAGAGCGAGCGCCGCCUCUCUUCGACUCAGGACCCGUUGAGAUCCACCAACCGUGACACCACCACGUGCCACCACCACCGUUCACCGCCAUACUCGGAUCGUCUUUGUCAGAUUUGAACCUCGAUCAACCCUCCACCAUGGGUCUCGUUGAGUUUGUCGUGGACAACAUUUCCACAAAGACCGUUGCCGCCCUUCUCGGAUUUGCUACCAUUCUCUGGGUCGUCCUCGGCCGCAUCGAUGAGUAUAUUCGCCUCCGUCGCCUUGCCCCUUACACCUCGGGCAAGGCCUAUGGCUCGACCUUUCCCUUUGGCCUUCGCUUCGUCUAUGCUGCUAUCAAGAAUAACAUGGCACAUACCAACCUGGAAUUCUGGACCACCAAAUUCCGGGAGAUUGACUGCUACACCGGCGAGACACGUGUGCUCGGUCAACGCAUCCUCUCCACGGCCGACCCUGAGAACAUCAAGGCCCUUCUUGCCACCCAGUUCAACGACUUUGGCAAGGGCGAGCCGUUCCACGCCGAAUGGAGCGAGUUCCUCGGUGACAGCAUCUUCACCACUGAUGGCGACCAGUGGCACACGAGCCGGCAACUCCUCCGUCCUCAGUUCAUUCGCGACCGUGUCAGUGACUUGCACUGCUUCGAAUCCCACGUCCAGACGCUAUUCAAGGCCAUUGCCAACGGUGGAGCACUGAAUGGCGAGGACCAGCCUGUCCACCUCGAGGCCGGCAAUGGCAAGGUUCUCGACAUUGCCGACAUGUUCUUCCGUUAUACCCUUGACGUUGCAACCGAAUUCCUUCUGGGCAAAGAUGUCAAGUCCAUGUCAACCCCCCGCCAAGACUUUGCAGAGGCCUUCAAUGAAGUCCAACGGGUCCAGAGCAUCAUUACCCGUUCUAAUGGACUUCGCAACUUCGUUCCCCGUGGCUCCUUCCGCCGCGGCCUUCGUAUCAUCAACAACUUUGUCAAUCAGUACAUCGACCUUGCUCUGCGGCUGAGCCCCGAGGAGCUCUCUUCCAAGACCAAAUCUGACAAGGACUUCACUUUCCUGCACGAGCUCGCCAGUUACACACAAGACCGCACAGCCAUUCGCGAUCAGCUCGUUGCCGUGCUGCUUGCUGGACGUGACACCACAGCCUGCACCUUGUCGUGGGCUGUUUACGAGCUGUCCCGCCAGCCCGAGCUCGUCCGCAAGCUUCGCGACGAGAUCCUCCAGCACGUCGGGCCCGACCGCGAGCCAACCUAUGCAGACAUGAAGAGCAUGAGGUACCUGCAGAACGUCGUGAAUGAGACGCUCCGCCUCUACCCCGCCGUGCCUUACAACGUGCGUCUCGCGCUCCGCGACACGACGCUUCCGCGCGGCGGUGGUCCUGACGGCUCUUUGCCCCUGCCUGUUUUGAAGGACACACCCAUCGCCUAUUCUACUCUCGUCAUGCAGCGCCGUGCAGACAUCUACCCGCCCCCCUCGGCUACAUUCGCCCCCCAUAAUGUCUUCUCACCAGAGCGUUGGCAGCACUGGCAGCCGAAGCCGUGGACCUACAUUCCCUUCAACGGCGGGCCGCGCAUCUGCAUCGGACAGCAGUUUGCCCUGACGGAGAUGAGUUAUGUGCUGUGCCGCCUGUUCCAGCGGUACGAGCGGGUCGAGAGCUACAUGGACAAUGUGGACGGUGGCAAACCUUGUCUCAAGUCGGAUAUUGUGCUGCAGCCGGGCCAGGGCGUCAAUGUUGCCUUUUGGGAAGCCAAGAAGGCGUGAGAUUCGGGAACUUCGUGAUGGGUCCUCUUUGUAUUUUGACUAGCCACGCUACGAGCUUGAACUGUUCACUGAAUGUUUACAUGAGCAAACACCUGCUGGGCCGUCACGCGCUGUGAAAAGCGAAGCUGGUGUGGGCUGAUGCAAAGAGAACGAAAUGUGUGUUGGGUAGUCAUCAAUUCUUGAACGUCACACAAGACAUGUCUGUUCA